GUUUUUUUUAAGUGUCCUUGUUUUUUUCAGACCCUAGUGAACGAGCAGCUGGUCCUGAAGAGAGUGGCAGAUGUUCUGAUCCACCUCUACGCCAUGACAGCCGUCCUGUCCAGAACCAGCCGCUCCAUCAGCAUCGGGCUCAGGAACCACGACCACGAGGUGCUGCUCGCAAACACUUUCUGCACUGAGGCUUUCUUCAAGAACAAUUACUGGAUGACCCAACUGCAAAAGCACUCUCCUGAAAACAACGAUGCCAACAUCAAGAAGAUCGCCAAGGAGGUGUUGGACAACAGAGGCUACGUGUGCUCUCACCCUCUGGAGAGAACAUUCUGAGCCUGACCAUGUGACUGGGAAUCCUGCAUUCUGAUUGGACCAUAUGGACCAGUUCAAUUCUCUGCGACAGCAAUUUGUCUAUACUAUUCUUAUGACUUUGGAUGAGUUUUUUUGGUGCAGUUAAUUAAUAAAUCAAGCGAUUUAUAUUGUAGUUACUGUAUUUUAUUAACCAUGGCUUCAAGGAUAACCCCUCAGAUGGAAUUAUAUGAGUUUUAUUCAAAGUGCUCUUAGAGUUUAGUGCUGCUCAGAUGAUGUUUGUGUCUUCAUGCUGGGUGCAUACUUCUGAAAAGUGAAGAUGCUCUUCUCCUUGUCCGUCAGAGGCAGGGCGGUCCGCUUGUACAGAAACGAAGGCUGCUUUUUGAAGCUCCUGUAAGAAGCAACAGGACAUACCACAUGCACAUUAAACCUCAUGAUUUCA